UAAAAUACUAAUCAAUGCUUUUUUUCAUCUAGGUAUUGGCGCUAUCGAUGAACAACAACAAGCUGAUGAAACCGGCGUGGAAAAGCGGAAACAUGAGUACUUGAGAUUCGGCAAAAGAAAGCACGAAUAUUUGCGAUUUGGGAAAAGAAAGCACGAGUAUUUGAGGUAUACGGGCCAUUAUGUAACUAGCCUUUUUUUUGUGCUCAAAAACCCAUUUUGUUCAGGUUUGGAAAGAGAAAGCACGAAUAUCUUCGUUUUGGACGUAAGUAGACGCGUGGCAACCAAUGGACGUCGACUUAACACAGAUUUUUUUUGUACUUAUUUAUUAUUGUCACAGCUUAGGGCAUAAAC